UUCUGUUAGCCAAGAGCAAGAAAGCUAUAUCGACACCGAGGCCUUAAGCUCCAAGAGCAUGGCCCGCAUUGCAGUGCUCUUGCUGGUGGCGCUGCUCUCCUUAGCCGUGCAUCUCGCUCCGUCCGCGGCAUGCCGAUCCUGCCCGACCACAAAGCCUUCGCGGCCUCCACCGCGUAAGCACAAGUCCCGGCCAUCGUCCGUACCCUGCCCACCGCCUUCGCAAACUCCCACGCCCUCACCCACAUCCACACCUACUCCAGUGACUCCGACGCCGGCACCGACCCCGAUUGUGUCCUGCCCUCCACCUACAAACACUCCCGCACCCACGCCCAUACCGACCCCGGUGAUACUGCCAAUACCAACCCCUAUAACUCCGACGCCGGCACAGGCCCCCGUCUCUCCAACACCAACCCGGUUGACCCCAACACCGACCCCUGUUUCGCCGACGCCGGCACCGACCCCUGUCUCUCCAUCACCAAUCCCGGUGGCCCCAUCACCGACCCCUGUGAUGCCACCAACACCGACCCUUGUGACCCCGACACCAGCACCGACCCCUGUCUCUCCAACGCCAACUCCGAUGGCCCCAACACCUACCCCUAUGAUGCCGCCAACACCAACCCCUGUAACGCCGACGCCGGCACCGACCCCUGCCUCUCCAAUGCCAUGUCCGGUGGCCCCAACACCGACCCCUGUGAUUCCAACGCCAGCACCGAGCCCUGUCUCUCCAACGCCAACCCAGGUGCCCCCAACACCGACUCCUAUGAUGCCGCCAACACCGACCCCUCUGACUCCCACCCCAGCACCAACCCCUCUCUCUCCAACACCAAGCCCGGUGGCCCCAACACCGAAACCUGUGAUGCCGCCAACACCCACACCUGUGACUCCGACGCCAACCCCAGCCCCGGCCCCAUCCCCGGCGACACCGACUGGCAAGUGCCCUGUGGACACGCUGAAGCUGCUGGCGUGCGUGGACGUGCUCAAUGGGCUGCUGCACGCGGUGAUCGGUGGUAGCGCCAGCGAUUCAUGCUGCCCGUUGCUGUCCGGCGUGGCCGGCCUCGAUGCCGCUCUCUGCCUUUGCAGCACCAUCAAGGUCAAGGCCCUCAACACCAGCCUCGUGCUGCCCAUCGCCAUCGAGGUGCUCGUCAACCAGUGCGGCAAGAGAGUGCCGGACGACUUCCACUGCCCGAACUAAGCUUCAUCGAUUACUAUAUGUAUGUACUAUCAGUAUCACCUGCAUCUGAAUGCGAUACGUGCAUUAAAUUCUCUCGUGUGGUCACACAGGUCACGUAUCGAAGUGUAAUAAUCAAUAUGUACAUGGAUUUGCAGUUCUGACUUGCUACUUGUGACGCGGAGCUGUGGAGCAUGCAUACAUUGUGUUUGUGUAACUGCGUAUCAAAUAGUAACCGUGUAACAAGUUACCAAUUGUGGUCUUCCAUCGGUUUUGUAGUGUGUGUUUUCUUUUUGAAGAAUUAUGAAUAAAAUGU